AUGUCACCUAAAGCCUUGACCCGAGAGACGACAACUGGCGCUGCGCUGGAGAAGGUACAGGGAGCCAUCCAGAGCCCAACGACAGAGGUGAUUGUCAAGCCGCCUUCUGACCUCGAGGAACUCAAGGCUGAUUGUGAUUCAUUCACUUUCACAUCAUUCACCACAGAUGAUGCUUUUGUGCUGGGUAACCUUCUCUACGCCCGUCUUUACCCAUACGCUGUCAAAGGCAAGCCGACGGUGAUCUCCAUUGCCCUUGCAAACACCUCCCAGGUUGUCUUCCAAACCGUUACCGGACCUGGCACAGCUCCCGACAACGAGCAAUGGGUUCGCCGUAAGAGGAACACUGUUCUCCGAUUCGGCAAUAGCACAUGGUUCAUGCACAACAAGUUCAAUGGUGACGAGGUUGCUUUCGCUGCCAAAUAUGGCAUUGCAGAUUCAAACAAGGGUGACUACGCAAUCCAUGGCGGAGCUAUCCCGAUUCGUGUCCAGGGAGUUGAAGGGAUCGUUGCUGUUGUCGUGGUGAGCGGUCUCAAGCAAGACGAGGACCAUGGAGUUAUUGCCGAUGUUAUCAAGAACACAACUAACUCUACGGCGACCAUGAACACGACGAAAUGGAGGAUCUCAAAGGCUUGUCAAGAAUGUCGCGCCAAGAAGAUCAAGUGCAAUGGGGAGACCCCCUGUCAAAACUGCAGCAUGAGAAAUCUCAGUUGCGUCUAUCGCGAAAAGGCCCGUAAUCGGACACGCAAGGUCAAACCGCGAACUGCAGCUUAUGAGACUAUAAUGUCUCACGAUGCCAUGGAGAGCACGUCUCUGGAACCCUCCGAUGAGGGAACUGUGCCGCCUACGCCAAAUGCCGACGACACCGCAUCUGUCGGACCUACAGGAUCAGUGAUGGACAGCGAACGCAGUUUGACACAUAAUAGUGUUGCUGCGACACACCGCGCAUCACCGUCUUGUUUCCUCCAGCUCUACUAUGGCCCCUCAUCGAAUUUUGCCCUACUCAACUCGAUCUAUCACCAAAUAGCAGGGACAUGCCCAAAUGAUCCUCCGUCACGCUCUGGAAUUGUCGAAGAAGUUGGUCCCGGUCUAGACCUAUUCAGUCAUCGGAGACUAUUCUUUGGGGAUUUGGCUGACAACCAGCGGCCAUCAUCAGUACCAGACGACUGCUCGGCUAUGCUGAUUGACCCAGAUACUGCUCACCGGCUACUCGAGAGAUAUCUUCUGACCUAUUGGCAUGGUCUUCCCAUCAUGAGUAAAGACCAUUACCGCCGUCGCUUAAGUGCCCUAUAUCAGCCGCCAGGUAUCUUUGAUUAUGAUGCACCCGAGACCAUCAUCAUCAUGCUGGCUGUAGGACUGGGGGCUUCAAUGACAGGCGAAGAAGCCAUUGCAGACUUUCUUUUUCAGAAAACCAAACAAGGAGUUGCCAAAUUGGAUGAGGUUGUAAACAUGCAGAUGGUUCAGAUACAUCUCUUAAUGAUAAGUCAUGGCAAUGCUUUGUACUUGGCCGACCUAGCUCACUUCCUGACCCUGGUUCGAUCAUACCACUACCAAAAGGCCAAAAACUACUCAAGUCUUUGGUUACCUUAUCACGUAUCAUGGACAAUCUGGAAUGCAGCCAUCGAGAUCCGCCGCGAACUACAUCAGUUUGCGGAGCAACAACUCAAGGAUAUGAAGUUUGGUCUUGUUGGAGACCCCAGCACAGGGGAGCUCGGCGUGUGCCAAGCUAUGGUUUCAACAAUGUACCAUCAUACACUCCUAUUAACAUUCCGCCCCUUUCUCAUCUUAAGAGCAAAACUGAAUCACGACCGUGCUGCUGCUACUUCGGCAGAGAAUCUACAGAUGCCUCCGCCUUGGCUCGAUAGCGCUUGCGAGUAUUGCUUAGAAGCAGCGAGGAAUUCUGUUGGGUUCUUAACGGGCUCAUGUGCCACUAAUAUUCUUUGUCGUGAUAUAAAGUAUCAUGGCUUUUUUAUGGAGGGAGCAUGCUAUGCUUUGGCUUUCGAUAUGCUUCAGGAAAAGAAGACAGCCCACCGCAAUCUGCCCUGGAUUCACUCUGGCCUACGAUGCCUUCGCUCCAUGAUGGGAUCAGCAGGAAUAAACGCUGGUCAGCUUCCAAUAACAAUCGCCUCAAUAGAGCAGAUGGUCCGAUCUGCCGGAUUCGAACUGAAAGACCCAGUAGACACGAACCAGCAGAAGCAGCCCCCGCAGUCCACGCUCCCUGGAUCACCAGCACCUGUCUCUGUUGCAGGUGGUAUGAGGAGCGAGCCUGCGUUCACCUUCCCUUCCAUGCCAUUCGGAUUUGGUGUCACUGGUCAGAUGAAUGGGAGCUCGAACUCUCCUGCUGGCGCUGCAUCGGAAGAGAUGGCAGACUUCACAGCUGCUGAUGUUGGAUGGGAUAUUGAUUUUGGGACCAUGAAUAUGGAGGCAUUUCUGUCUCUCGACUCGGCAGAGGCUUUCAACUUUGCUCCAUGA